CUGGUUACUGAGGACAUAGCCAGUUAGAACUGUGUGGCAUACACAGAGCCUGGCACGUGGAUAUGUUUGACAAACGAAUUGAUGGACUGGUACAGGCUCAAUAACUUGGAUUUGGCCAGGAGCUCUGCCAUUUAUAUGCUAGGCAUCAUGGUUACCACAGCAGCCAGAUGCUGAUGAUACCUCCAGGGGCAGCAAGGUAAAGCUGAGCCAGUUCCCAGGUCCUUGCCUCUGCAUGUCCUUGGCAGGCCAGAGUGAGAUGGUCUGAAGCUCACGCUCCUUUCAGGCCCCCCACACUGUCUAAGGUCGCUUAGAUUCACAAACUCUGCCUCCGCAGCCUCAGUUUGGGGCCCUGAAACACCCCUUCAGAGACUCCCUCCUUCCCAACCUCUGUCUCUUGGCUCCCUUCCUGGUUGCCGUGGAAACAGGUUCCACUGCGGACAAAGGAGGGAGCUGGGUCCCGCUUCCUCCCGGUCCUACUGAUGAGGAUUUUUAGACCGUGGAGACUGCGCUGCCCUGCCCUGCACCUGCCCUCACUCCCCGUGUUCUCAUUCAAGUGGAGCUUGCCCUCCCUCGCCCCUGACGAGACCAUGUGUAAAAGUGUGACCACAGGUGAAUGGAAGAAAAUCUUCUACGAGAAGAUGGAGGAGGCAAAGCCAGCGGACAGCUGGGACCUCAUCAUCGAUCCCAACCUCAAGCACAACGUGCUGGCUCCAGGCUGGAAGCAAUACCUGGAGUUGCAUGCUUCGGGCAGGUUCCACUGCUCCUGGUGCUGGCACACCUGGCAGUCGCCCCACGUGGUCAUCCUCUUCCACAUGUACCUGGACCGCGCCCAGCGGGCGGGCUCGGUGCGCAUGCGCGUCUUCAAGCAGCUGUGCUACGAGUGUGGCACGGCGCGGCUGGACGAGUCGAGCAUGCUGGAGGAGAACAUCGAGAGCCUGGUGGACAACCUCAUCACCAGCCUGCGCGAGCAGUGCUACGGCGAGCGCGGCGGCCAGUACCGCAUCCACGUGGCCAGCCGCCAAGACACCCGGCGGCACCGCGGCGAGUUCUGCGAGGCCUGCCAGGAGGGCAUCGUGCACUGGAAGCCCAGCGAGAAGCUGCUGGAGGAGGAGGCGACCACCUACACCUUCUCUCGGGCGCCCAGCCCCACCAAGCCACCGGCCGAGGAGGGUUCUGGCUGCAAUUUCUUUUCCAUCCCCUGGUGCUUGUUUUGGGCCACGGUCCUCCUCCUGAUCAUCUACCUGCAGUUCUCCUUCCGCAGCUCCGUCUAAGAUUCCCUUGUUGGGCCCAGGGAGACGCUGGGGGCCCAAAGCCCGAGGGGCCAGCCAGCUGGUGGGAGGGGGUGAAGAGAGACCUGGGUUGGGAGUGGGGCUAAGUUCUAGCGCUGGUGCCACCACUGACUCCACAGGGACCCUGCACAAAUCACCCAGCUUUAAAAUCUAUAAAGUUAAGGGUUUGGGUUAAAUCAUUGGCUUUUCAAAGUGAGACCCAGGGCCCCAGUGCUCUGCAUAGUGCCUUAGGGACUUUUGCAUUUGGAAGGGAGACUGAGGGAGUGGCUUUCCCACCCUGGUCCUACCUCCCAUCCCCAACUCCUACCUCCUCCUCUGGCUUUAAUCAGAGCAGCUCCAUGUUAG